GCGCAUAGUCAACAAGAGGAUUGAAACCCCUAGAGCGGGGAAAAAGAGACACUACAUGGCAAAGAAUGCUCUACAAAAAGAAAGAAAAAGGGAAAAAAGAAGAGAAAGGAAUAACAAGUUAUCCUUCGGUCACAAGAAGUCCGGCAUGGUACAGCCAAGUACAAACACGGCAGAUCAGAGGGCAUUCGGCGCAACGAGACAC